AUGUCUUUCUCCCAUGAUAAUAAAGAUUUGUUUAAAAGUGACAUAGAAAAUCGGUUUAAUACAUUUGAUUAUAAUACAUUUGAAGACGUUAUACUAAUUGGAACGGGAGGGUUCGGUGAAGUAAAGAAGGCUUAUUCGAAUAUUUUAAAAAAAUAUGUCGCAUUAAAAUGUUUGCGCGAUCCCAAUGAUAACGAUAACGACGACGAAUUUUAUAAACAAUUUAUGAAUGAGGCAAAUAAUUCAACAGAAAAAUAUUAUCUAGUAUUACAAUACGCUGAAGAUGAUUAUAUCAGCGUUUAUUCAAAUGCAUGGGAAGGUGAUCCAAAUCUGAGACCUACAAUAGAAAAGAUUUGUGAUUCUCUUGAAAAUAUUCAAUUAGAAAAUGUAUAUAUUAUUUCUAGUGAAAAUAAAAGCGAUGAAAAUAUUCCAAUGGAUAUAGAUAUGCGCAGUGAUACCGUAUCAAAUGAUCAAGCAUCUUCAUUAGACGAUGCUGAUAAUGAAAAAGAAGCUAGUAUUUCAGAAUCAGCAAAGAAUUCUUUAGGAGUUGUUGGAGACGCUGUUCAACCUUAUCUACCUUUAUUUUCUACUGUAACCAUUAUUAUUUCAGAAAUAAAUAAUAUCUAUGCAGAUGUUAAUUUUAAUAAAAAAAUUUGCAAUUCUCUUAUGGAUCGUGUAAAUAUAGCUGAAUUGUCAAUUAGAAAUUUACAAAGAAGAAAAAAAGAAAAUGAAAAAAAUUUUCGAGAUGUAGAAUAUUUUAUGGCUUUCCGUCGUUUUAUCGAAGUCAUGAAAAACAUAAAACAGUUUAUAGACAAUAUAUCCACACUUUCUGAAUUUCAAAAAUAUUUUCACGCUAAUUCAGUCAAAGUAAAGUUUGAAUCGCUUACCAGUGAGUUUGAAACCGUUAUGAAUGAUUUACAUUUUACGACUUUACUUAAUGAUGAUCAAAGAAGAAUUGAUCAAGAAAGUCUUAGUUCAGAUCUCGAAGAAAUGGCAAAG